CCCGUACUACACUAGUACAUAGCUUUAUAAAUAACCCCUCGUCUGUUGCUUCAUUAAAAAGAUUGUUACUCCUUACGAGUUACGAGCACUUGUUUUUCACUAGAGCUCACAGUUUGUUCUCCGUAACCCAAAGAUUCUAAAAGAAGAAGUUUUAGGGUAACUAAGAUGAGUUCGACGAGCCGAGCUUGGAUCGCAGCAGCCAGUAUUGCAGUAGUUGUGGCCUUGAAAGAUCAAGGCUUCUGCAGAUGGAACUAUGCUACAAGAUCAAUACAACAACAUACUAAGAAUAAUCUCUGGUCAAUUUCACAGGCUAAGAAGCUCUCUUCCACAUCUUCUGCGGUGGUUUCAAGUGAAGUCAGAAGAGGUGAAGCAGACACUGAGUCUUUGAGGAAAGUUAUGUACUUGAGUAAUUGGGGUCCAUAUUGAAAGCUAAGUAAUUAAAGAUCAGGAUGAUUGAUCGAUACUUCAGUGAAAGGAAAAUAUCGUAUCUGGAUAUUUAAAGAAAAUUAAUGCAUGCUGAGCGAAUUCAUCAAGUCACAUAAGGAUAGAAUUGCAGCUGGACGGGCCAUGGUUUUUUUUUUUUUCAUAUAUACAACUAAGGACAUCGAUGUGUGAUUGUGCGGCAAAUUGAUCAAUGACGUAUAUUGUAAAUCUAAUGGAAACGGAUUAUCAAUAACUUUACCGA